CGAAUAGCGCGCCGCCGCCGCUCCCUCUCCACCUCUAUUUUCUGCCCCUCGCCUCCCCCAUACCGGGGCCCGGUAACCAGCAUCCCUCGGCAGCCGCUGCCGACCGAUCCGUGUCCGUGCGAGACGCGGGAGGGAUUGGCGCCGGAGGCUGACCGGGAUGUUCUCCGGCGACUGGACGCCGCCGUGCGGCAGCUGCUGCACCAAGAAAUACGCGAGCCUCGUGCAGAUCCCAUGGAGGGUGUUCUGCAAGAAGGGGUGCAACGCGGACGGCGACACCUGGGACGAGUGCAUAGGAAAAUGUACUGAAAUAUGCUACAAAGAUCCGGUGUUAGAAGAUCGCCAGUGGAGCGCUUACAUUGACCGAUCUCCAGGGCAGGAUAGUUACUCUUUGGAAUGCUUCAAUGCUUGUGUGUCUGGCUGUGGAUUCAGAUUUGACAUCCCAACGGAGAAGGUCGAAGAAAUCAAGCCCAAUAGGCCAUCCAAACCAUCAGCUCCUGAACCUGAAGUGAAACAAACUAGGAAUGCAGAUUGUAAUGAAGAUGUGCCGUGCACGUCAGCCUAGUUUGAGUGUUGGCGUGCCUCAAAUUUUGUAAAGCCAAUGUGUUUCUCCGUUGUAUUUCUACUCGUCCUAUUUUCCCAUGGAAAACUCACGGGAAACUUUAUCUAGCUUAGCUCUAGUUUGGAAACUCAAAUCCCUUCGUGGAUGAAAGGGGUUUGAGGGACAAAUUAGUUUAUUUUUAUCUUAAUCCCUUCC